UUGGUGGGGAUUGUAGUGGUCGCGAUUCACGGUAAAACUCGCGCGAUUCACGAGAAAUUUGAUGACGUCAUGGGGCCAGUGGAGAAGAAAAUUCCACAUGUUCUGCAAUUUAUGCUCGUUGGCCGAAUGUAACGAUGAAGAAGUGGCGUGGAUGACGGAAUUCCCAAGAAUCCUAUGUACUUUCUCGGAAGACCCGUUGUAUUUCUCAGAAGAUUGAUGAAAUUUCCCAGUCUUUUCAAAAUUGGGUUUGGGGGUGAAGAAUUCUUUUUUUUUUCCUUGUUAGGCAUUUAUGAAAUGAGGAAUGAUGUGAAUUUGUGAGAUAUUUAACAUUGAAAAAAUUGUGUGACAUUUUCUGUUGAUUGGAGUUUAUUGCAAAAAAUGAAAUAUUUUAUAGUUGCGGAAGGAAGAACUUUUCUACGGGAAGGAAUUUGUGCAUACACUGUUAGCAAAUGGUAACGUGUGUAAAAAAUUACACUAUCACACUACAAUAGGACACUUUAGUGAUAUAUUUCUCGGAUGUGAUUACACGAGAUAUUGCUGGUAUGCUUUUAUUUUUGCAAGAGAUGGAACGAGAGGGAGUUAUAGAGUUGAAUGGUGGUGAAACAGAGAUCAAUAGUGGCUAUUUGCUCCAACAUUGCGAUUACACACACAAUUUGUGAGCUUAGCGACGACGUAUAAAACCAAAGAAAUGAUGACGCAUUCCCUCAGUCAAACACAGAACAUCGCAGUGUAAAGUUGGUGGAAUUUUAGUUGAUAGAGAAGAGAGCUUAUUUGAGGCAUUUUCAAGAGUAGCAGUUUUUUUUCUAUUUCUCAAGUUUUUGAAAUAUUUUUCAAGUGGACUUUUUUUUGUGGAAAUUUAUCAUACAAAGUGGAUUAAAGCAUCAAGGAUAAACCACACGCUACAGUGCGUUUUUGGCCAUAGAGAGAGAGAGGGGGCUCAAGAAAAAAAUCUUGCAUUUUCUUUGGGUUUUUCUAGUGCCGAAUAAAAUUGUCUUGAGAAAGUUCUCAGACAAUGCAAGAGUGUAAUUAAUUGAAUUUUUAUUAUUGCAAAUUGUGAAAUUAAAAGCAGAAUUUACAUUACCAAAGUUAUUGAGAAGAAAAAAAGAUUAAUAAGACAUUGGGGGAAGAAAGACAGUGUUUUUGGUUAAUAAAGGGAAAAACUUGUGUGUGAGUUACAUAAUUUUCUUGGAGACACUAAUCGAAUUCAAUUGAAUUUAGUGUGUGCAAUUGACUUUUUGACCUCGUAUCUAAUACAUUAUUCACUGGGAGUGUAAAAUAACAAAACAAAAAACGAAAAGAAGAAGUUAUUGUGACCAGAGACAACUUUGUGCACCCCAAUUAGCAAUUAAAUUUAACUCUAUUAAAUUGAGUUUGUGAAGAGAAAUUGCUAUAUAGAAUUCCGAAGGAGGAGGAGAAGAACUCUUUUUAAAAGGAACUGUUUUUAUCUAGAGAAAUUUUUGCUGCAGUGUGUGAAGAUAAGAACAGCUAAUAAAUGACGCUCGACAGUAAUAUUUUCAACGACGUCUUCCUCUAUAGUCCAUUUAAUAACACAAAUGCCCCAUUGACCCCAGUUUCAAAGAUGCUCGUAUCUUUGGAUGGGAUACACAGUGGAGUUCCAACGAGAACAACAGCAACUCUCACACCGACAACCCUAAGGAAUAUCGAACAGACUUUUAUCGAGCUGAGCAGUGAAACCCCAUCCUCUGUUCCCUGCCAGGCGGGUUUUGUUCCACCUCUGGCACCCUUUCCCUUCGAUCAGGAUCACAAUAGUUUGGGCAGUACGGGUUCUGGGUCAAAUUCUUCCUGGCACACGCCACCGCCCACCAUCAGUGAAGAUCUCAUCUCGUCUGUGUCUCAGGGCAGCUCCAGUGACGGCGCCGCUACUACAACAUCCAGUGGUAACACCAGCAAAGCCACGACGACACCCAGGCGCAAUAUGGGUGGCCGCCGACCCAAUAAGGCUAGCAAUUUGACGCCGGAGGAGGAGGAAAAGCGAAAGAUUAGGCGAGAGAGGAAUAAAUUGGCAGCAGCCAGAUGCCGGAAGCGUCGAGUGGAUCAUACCAAUGAGCUGACGGAUGAGGUGAAUGGGUUGGAGAAGAAGAAGCAGGAUCUACAGAGUGACAUUCAGGCGUUGCAGCAGCAGAAGGAAGAAUUGGAAUUUCUGCUGGAGUCUCAUAGGGCACACUGUCGACUAAAGGGACGUUCUUGCAGUCCGUUGGAUGUGAAGCCUCAUGUCAAUACCACAAUAAUGGAGCUGUGUGACAGAAUCAAGUCGGAACCUGUGGAUCUCGAGGCAGGAGGACCUCCGUCACCCAAGAGAGUGAUGCUAUCGAGCACAAAUCCCGAUGUCAUCAUUCUGCCGCCAAUUACAUCAACGGCGGCUGUUCUGUCGAAGCCAACGGGGCGCCCCAAUCGUCCAAGUUCCCUCAAUGUGCCCCUCACGAUGACGCCAUCGCAGGUGCUGGGCGUGAGUGGAGCUGGGAAGGGGAUUGCUGAAUUUGCCGGAGUUCCAAUUACAACACCUUCCAAUGGCAUGUUCAAUUUUGACAGUCUGAUGGAUGGAGGAACUGGUCUCACGCCUGUGUCAGCGCCCCUCGUGCCCAAUUGUUCCGUCCAGAACAAGAGCCCCCUCGAAUUGGCAACGCCCACGAGUGAACCCUCCAAACUGGUCAGUCUAUAAAAAAAACAAAGUGAGGAAAUCAUCCAUUUUAGAGAAAUUUCCUCAGCAAAAAGAAAAAAAAAGAAAAGAGAAACGACCCCACAAACUCAAAGUAUUUUCUCAACAAAAAAAAACCUCCCCAAGAUACAUUUGAAAUACUGGACAUUGAAUGAGGAAAAGGCGGCGUUGUGAUAUUUAAUUUUACAAGAAUUAACAAAAAAAAUAAAGAUAAUUUAAAUAAAUAAAUGAGAAAAAAUUGUUAAACGAAAAGCUUACCAGGAGGGGAGCUCAGAAUAGCUCUUAUUUAAAUUUAUAAAAUUGAAAAAAAAAACCUAGUCAUUUUGACAGUGACAGAUAAAACUUGUCAAAUUUGACAAAAGCUCCACCUCCCAAGCUAGAAAAAAAAAAAUGAAAAAUUAACGAUUAAGAAAAAGUUGCUUGUUGAGUCAGUACUUGCAAUUGCUGCAAUAUAUUUGUUAAUAAUAAAUAAAAGAAUUGAAAAAAAGAAAAUCAUGCUUUAAAAAUGAAAACAUUUUUACACAGUUAAUUUUAAAGUAAAAUAAACUAGUUUACCAAUUUCUAGAGAAAAAAAAUGCGUCUUUUUUUGAAGAAGAAUGAAACUGAUGAAAUCGAUACCAAUUAAUGAGAAUUUUUUUUUUGUAAAGAUUUUUGCUAAUUAAAAGAGAAAAAAAAAUUGUAUUAAUUAUUUUAUAUUUAAGACCACAAGUUUCUAUUUCCCUCCUCUCCCUUUGCUAUCCCCCCUUCUUGUUUAAUUUUUAGUGCAUAAAAAGCGAUAAAAUACAUUUUUAACCAUUUUUUUGUAUUAUUGGAGAUGCUCAAUUGUGAGUGAGAAGUCGCAAUAAAAUUUUUAAUUUAUUAGAUUGAGAAUCACGAAUGUAGAUUUUAUCGAUUACAAUGCAUAUAGAAAAUGUAUUUUUGAUGCCAUAUAUUUCAUACAUCUUAUUGCUAUUUUGGAAGAAACAAAAAUGAUGAAAAGAAUAAAUUUGUGAAAGUAAAAGGA